AUGCAUUUAUUUAAUGUAAAAGUGCAUGGCUAUGCGAAAAUAUUAGAGGACAAGAAGGCCGACAGAGCCUCUAGAGCAAUGCUUGGAACCAAAUUGAAAAAGACUUUAACUCCUCCCUCUACUGCAUACAGAUGUGCCCAGUCAUUGAUAAUGUUCUAUGAAUAUAAGAAAAAAGAAUUAAGAAGGAAAAUAGGUGAGGAGAAAAACCAAAGAGUUUCAACUGGAGGUGGAGCAAUGCCUGCUAUGAAGUGGGGGCCUGAAGUCGCUCUCCAAAUCACUUUCCCCAGACUCCACAGAGGUCUACAAGAAGACCGAAGCAAGUUGUGA